AUGACGACUUCUCAGGGCUCGGAUUCAACCGGCGAUCUGGAAAAGGCAUCAAUUGCUAACGACAAGCAUAAUGUAGUGGCCAAAAACACGCGCUGGAUCGCUCUAUUCUGGUUCACGAGAAGACGGCAUCUCCCUUUGCUGAGUACAGCAGUGUGCACUGCUGUGAUCGCCGCACUCUCUCGCCCCGCCAUUGCCGUUCUUUUUGGCCUUCUGUUUCGACAGUUUGCGAGCUUUGGAUCGGGACAAAUAUCUGGUUCCGAAUUGCUUCACAAUGGGUCCAAUCUUUGCAUAUACUUGACCGCAGUUUGCGCCGCGUUGUGGAUCUUGAGCAGCUUCAAUUUCAUGCUUUUUCUUUCCUUUGGUGAACUUCAGGCACGUAGCGCUCGGGAGCGCGUCUUCGAGUCUCUGUUGCGAAAGGACAUGGACUGGUACGACAUGAGUGAGAAUGGAAUCGCCGCGUUUCUGUCAACAGCUCAGACGCAUAUACGCGAUCUUCAGCUAUCUACCUCUCAGCCACUGGGCGAGAUCAUGCAAUGCUUUACAGUAUGCGUUGCCUCAUUGGCUGUCUCCUUCUACUUUUCCUGGGACCUGACACUCGUUAUCAUCGGCAGCCUUCCAUUCGUCUAUCUGGUGCAGACAUUCUUGUCGAAGCGACUGUCUAAACAUGCGCACGAACAGGCGGGAAAGCUACAACAAGCGCUCAAAUAUGUCAUCAGCGCCUUGCAAAACAUCGAAACUGUGAAAUGCUUCAAUGGCCAGAAACUCGAGCUCCAAAAGUAUACUGGAAUCAUCGCCGCUGCGGGCAAUAUCUACAAAAGACAAGCCCAAUUCCGAGCCGGGCAAAUAGCGGCAAUGCAGUUUUACCACCUUAGCAUCUUCUUCCAGGCCUUUUGGUACGGCAGCUACUUGGUUACAUCCGGCAAGAAGAACGCAGGAGAAGUUUUGACCUGUUUCUGGACAUCACUGAUGGCGGUGCAGUCAAUAUCGGAGUUCAUGCCUCAGCUCAUUGUCUUGCAAAAAGGGAAAGUCGCCGCUACGCGCCUGAGAAAUGUGAUGGCACAUAUGUCCAAAUUUGAUGGCAAUGAGGGUUCAGGCAUUGACCGGCCAGAUGAGUGUGAAGGAGAAAUCCGAUUUCACAAGGUUUCCUUCUCAUAUCCUACACGUCCUGAUGAGAUGGCCUUGAAAGAAGCCGACCUCUUCUUCCCCGCGGGUAAGACAAUCUUCGUGGUUGGAAGAAGUGGGUCUGGGAAGAGCACGCUUGGACAGUUACUUGUGCGUUUCUACAGGCCCACAAGCGGCCGCAUAUUCCUCGACGGUUACUCGAUAAGCACUCUGGAUCCGCGUUGGCUACGGCAGAACGUUAUGCUCGUGGAACAACACAGUGUGCUAUUCAGGGAUUCCCUUCGCAAGAACAUCGCCUUAGGAAAACCAAACGACGACGUUUCAGACAAAGAGAUAGACGAGGCCGUACGUUUUGCUCUCCUCGAGCAGAUGCUUCGCGAGGUGCCCGAUGGGCUCGACACCCUGGUUGGCACCAAAGGCAACACGAUGAGUGGAGGACAAAAGCAACGAGUGGCAUUGGCUCGAGCGCGUUUGCGAGAUGCGCCUGUCCUCGUUCUCGAUGAGUCCACAAGUGCCCUGGAUUACAUCACACGAGCCGGAAUCAUUGAAGCUAUCAAAAACUGGCGGCGAGGCAAAACGACGAUUAUUAUCACUCACGACAUGUCUCAAAUUCAACCAGAAGAUUAUGUAUACAUCAUGGAGAAGGCUCAAGUAGUGCAAAAAGGCUACCGGAAAGAUAUGGAAGCUGAAGCUGGCUCACCGUUUCACACCUUCCUCUCUACGGGUCCGAUCGAAAGAGAAGAAGAAGAGGAAAACGAGAAGGAAGAGCGGGAAAAUGUCUAUUAUAGCUCUUCAGAAUAUGAGGCGGAGCACGACACGGAUGAAUUGGUGGACGCUUAUGGAGAAGACUGGGCAUUUCACGAUUCGCCAAGUCAGGUAUCGCUCACAGGUCCCAGCCAGUUUGUGUCACCAUUCCUGAGUCCCAGACGGAGUGUGAUGUAUCAUACUUCUCCCACCUACAACAGUUCUCGGCGAGCGUCAGUGGUUACAGUGGAUGAAGGAAACGAUCACACUGUGUCGACGGCUUUAGAAAUGCGUCCACUUCCUGCGAAGGCGGUCACAGCAGGCAAACGAGGUUCCAGAGGGCCGCCAUUUCCGUCACGAACGAACUCGCCGCACUCAGGGCGACCAGACCGCUCAUCACCAGUCCGUCCUACGUCACCGCGGCCCCCUAAAGCCCGCCCCCUGCGGCCUACUCGCCCCAACAACCCGCUAGUAGAAACUUUUCAGGAACGUAAGGUCCACAGACUAUCUCCGCGCCGAGAAAAGCAGCUGAAGAGGAGGCUAUCACAACGCCAUAGAAGGGCUGAGGAGACACCGGAGAACACGAUCCAAACUCUCACUCUGAUGCAGAUACUCGGAACGGUCUGGCCGAGCUUGAAAGGGCACUCACGACUUGUUCUCAUCGCUGGUUUCUCAUCUGCCGUGGUGCAUGCGGUAGCUACACCCGUUUUCGCUUACAUUUUCGCUCAGCUUCUGUCGACUUUCUGGCAGGAAACUGGCGCAUAUAGAUCUGCUCUGAUCUAUGCGCUCACCAUUCUCGCGAUCGCCGUCAUUGACAGCGCAGCGAGUUAUGGUUUUGUCUUCUUCUUUGAAGCGGCAGCACAGUCCUGGGCCAACGCCGUGAAGACAGAAGCGAUGAGACGUAUCCUCCUGCAACCGCGGGAAUUCUUCGAUCACAACGAGAACAGCGUCUCCAUCCUGGCCGAAUGUCUCGACAAUUUUGGUGAAGAGGCUCGCAAUCUCCCAGGCAGAUUCGUGGCUAUCAUCAUCAUUAUCAUCGUCAUGAUCUGUAUCGCCGUGGUAUGGGCGAUGAUAUCGUGCUGGAAGCUUACCCUUGUGGCUAUGGCCACUGGACCAGUAUUGUAUUUUGUCUUCGCAGCGUACAAUGGGACUAGUAGUCUGUGGGAGAAGCACACCAACGAAGCAGAUGAGGUCGUAGGCCAAGUUCUCCACGAGACCUUCACCAAUAUCCGUACCGUCCGCUCUCUCGUACUCGAAGAAGUGUUCCGCAAGAAGUUCAGCGACGUGACCAAAGCAGCACUGAGGACUGGAUUCAAGCGAGCAAUCUUCACGGGUUCCAUCUUCGGCCUCAACUAUACCGGCGUCUUCUUUGUUAGUACAAUGUGCUUCUGGUUCGGCGCAUAUCUCCUAUCCAAUGGCGAAUUCACGACAACCCGCGUCUACCGAACCUUCAAUAUCCUCCUCAUGAGCUCCGCCCACGUAGCCGGCCUACUCAGCUUCAUCCCCCAGAUCAACAUUGCCCGCGACGCUGCAUCUCGGCUUCUGCGCCUUGCCAACCUUCCCACCAACUCCCACGAGCUGAAGGGUACUACACAGAUCACCACGGCAGGUGACAUCGUCUUCCACGACACAGACUUCUCCUACCCCACUAGGCCCGAGCAGAAGGUCCUCCGAAACAUCAACCUCCACAUCCCUCGCGGAAGCUGCACUGCCAUCGUCGGAUCCUCCGGCUCCGGAAAAUCCACCAUUGCAGCCCUCCUCCUGAAACUCUACCAGCCAACGCAGAAUCUCACACUCAGCCCAUACAGCACUUCCUUGUCACCCUCCCCCAUCACUGUCUCCGACAUAGAUAUCGAUGCUUUAGACACGGCGUCCUUGCGCUCGCGCAUGGCGCUCGUCAGCCAAACACCUGUCCUCUUCCCGGGCACCGUGGCCGAAAACAUCGCAUACGGUCUCCCACCAGACUCGCCCUUGGCUUCCAUGGACAGCAUCCGGGCUGCGGCAACCGCAGCCGGUAUCGACGAAUUCAUCAGCAGCCUACCGCAGGGCUAUCAAACCCUCAUUGGCGAAGGCGGCGCAGGUCUCAGCGGCGGGCAAGCCCAGCGCGUUGCCAUUGCUAGGGCUUUGGCGAGGGAGCCGGAUAUUUUGGUCCUGGAUGAGGCGACGAGUGCGUUGGAUGUGGAGAGUGCCGGAGUGGUGAGGGAGACGGUGAGGAGGUUGGUGGUUCGGGGUGCAGGAGAGGGAGGUAGGAGUAGAGGAAAAGGGAAGGGGAAGGGGAAGGUAGGGGAGAGGAAGAUGACUGUGAUUAUCAUCACGCAUGCUAGGGAUAUGAUGGCUGUGGCGGAGAAGGUGAUUAUGUUGGAUAAGGGGCGGGUGGUGGAGGAAGGCGGGUUUGACGAAUUGAGGCGGAAGAAGGGUGGGCACUUUGCUACGUUGUUGAGAGGGGGUGGGGAGUAUUGA